GCGGAGACGUCAGCGGCGCGCAGCCCGAGCUCCGCACCUAGCUUCGCCUGCGGCUGCGGACCGACGGACAGGCGGACGCGGGCAGGUGGCACCGCAGGACGCGGGCAGAGGCGCGCGGGGCCGGGGAACAGCGGAGCCGCGGCCGCCCGCCUCGGCGCCAUGGACGGCCCUGACAACGCGACGCUGCUCUUCGCCCCGUCCUCGCUGCAGCCGGACAACUACACGCUGUCGCCCAACGCCAGCAGCCUGAGCGCCGGCCCCGACCUGCCCGUCUCCCCUGCCUCCAGCGCCGGCCCCAGCCCCGGGCUCAGCCUCGCGCCCAGUCCCGGCGUCGGUUUCAGCCCCGGCCCCGCGCCCACCCCAGAGCCGACGGCAGGCAGCUCGGCGGGCGGCUCGGCCAGCCUGGGCCCGUCCCUGUUCCCCCACUCCUGGGCGCACCCCCAGACCCCGUUCUGGGACACGCCGCUGAACCACGGGCUGAACGUGUUCGUGGGAGCCGCCCUGUGCAUCACCAUGCUGGGCCUGGGCUGCACGGUGGACGUGAACCACUUCGGGGAGCACGUCCGCCGGCCCGUGGGCGCGCUGCUGGCCGCGCUCUGCCAGUUCGGCUUGCUGCCGCUGCUGGCCUUCCUGCUGGCCCUGGCCUUCUCGCUGAACGAGGUGGCCGCCGUGGCGGUGCUCCUGUGUGGCUGCUGUCCCGGCGGGAAUCUGUCCAACCUCAUGUCCCUGCUGGUUGACGGCGACAUGAACCUCAGCAUCAUCAUGACCAUCUCCUCCACGCUUCUGGCCCUAGUCUUGAUGCCCCUGUGCCUGUGGAUCUACAGCCGGGCUUGGAUCGACACCCCUCUGGUGCAAUUACUACCUCUGGGGGCAGUGACCCUGACCCUCUGCGGCACUCUCCUCCCUAUCGGCUUGGGGGUCUUCAUUCGAUACAAAUGCAACCGGGUGGCGGACUACAUUGUGAAGGUUUCCCUGUGGUCUCUGCUAGUGACACUGGUGGUCCUUUUCAUAAUGACUGGCACUAUGUUAGGACCUGAACUGUUGGCGAGCAUUCCCGCAAGUGUUUACGUGGUAGCAAUUUUCAUGCCUUUGGCAGGCUAUGCCUCAGGCUACGGCUUAGCUACUCUCUUCCGUCUUCCACCCAACUGCAAGAGGACCGUGUGCCUGGAAACAGGGAGUCAGAAUGUGCAGCUCUGUACCGCCAUUCUAAAACUGGCCUUUCGGCCGCAGUUGAUAGGAAGCAUGUACAUGUUUCCUUUGCUGUAUGCCCUUUUCCAGUCUGCAGAAGCAGGGAUUUUUGUUUUAAUAUAUAAGGUGUAUGGAAGUGAGAUAUUACACAAGCGAGAUCCUCUAGAUGAAGAUGAAGAUACAGACAUUUCUUACAAGAAACUAAAAGAAGAGGAAAUGGCAGACCCUUCCUAUGGCACAGUGAAAGCUGACAAUUUAAUUAUGAUGGAAACCACUCAGACUUCUCUCUGAACACGGAGAUACAGAGGAGUUUCUAUCUUGCGGACAUGUUACUUCAUAUUUAUGAUG